CACUUGAUCUUGUCGACGGCCAUCAGUAUAACUAUGGCUACGGAGUAGCAUCCAUAAAAUUGCACACCUAUCGAUCAGGCCGGCUACCACCGCACGAACGAACCAGAACGAUCAAUCCAUGUGGGAUGUAGCAGACGCGAAUGAAUCUAACCUGAAUCUUCGAUGCCCCAAUGGCCAGCCCAAGAGCUCAGCUGACGAUCCGGAUCAGGAUUUGGAUCCCUCAGCUGAAGCUAGCGUGCAACUUGCUGCCACAGCCAUCGAUCCCAACUCCCGAGCAGAAUCUGACACCAUCUCCCUCCGCUUUCUGUUACCGCCAUCAAUUCAAUUCAAAUCCUUCCCGCCGCAAAGGCGAAGCUCCUCUCGCCGCUCCGCGCUAUAAAUACGCGCCCUCCCUUCUCCUCCCCAAUCAUCAGCUCACACUCCAAGCCGAGUGAUCGAGCCCACCAUUCUGAAGGCACUCACUACUACAGCUCGUAGUAACACAAACUGGUGUUAGCUUGUACUUGCACGAUGGCGCAGCUCGCUAGGCAGCUUCUUCUGGUGGCCCUGGUGGUGGUGGUGUCGUCCAUGGCGGCCGUGGAGCUGUGCCGCGCCAUCCCGUUCGACGAGCGGGACUUGGCAUCGGAGGAGGCUCUGUGGGACCUGUACGAGCGGUGGCAGGUGCACCACCAGGUGCAAAGGCACCACGGCGAGAAGGGACGCCGGUUCGGCACCUUCAAGGACAACGUGCGCUUCAUCCACGCGCACAACAAGCGCGGCGACCGUCCCUACCGCCUCCGCCUCAACCGCUUCGGCGACAUGGGCCAGGAGGAGUUCCGCGCCACGUUCGCCAGUUCCCGCAUCAACGACCUUCGCCGGGAGGGCCCCCCCGCGCCGGCCGUGCCGGGGUUCAUGUACGCCGGCGUCAGUGACCUGCCGCGGUCCGUGGACUGGCGCCAGAGGGGCGCGGUCACCGCCGUCAAGGACCAGGGCAAGUGCGGCAGCUGCUGGGCCUUCUCGGCGGUGGUGGCCGUGGAGGGCAUCAACGCCAUCCGGACGGGGAGGCUGAUCUCCCUGUCGGAGCAGGAGCUGGUCGACUGCGACACGGCGGAAAGCGGUUGCCAGGGAGGGCUGAUGGAGAACGCCUUCGACUUCAUUAAGGCCCACGGCGGCGUGACCACGGAGGCGGCGUACCCGUACCGCGCGGCCAACGGCACGUGCGACAACGUCAGGGCUCGGCGCAAGCCGUUGGUGGUGAUCGACGGGCACCAGAUGGUGCCGGUCAAUAGCGAGGACGCGCUGGCCAAGGCGGUGGUGAACCAGCCGGUGUCCGUGGCCAUCGACGCGGGCGGCCAGGCGUUCCAGUUCUACUCGGAGGGCGUGUUCACGGGCGACUGCGGCACGGACCUGGACCACGGCGUGGCGGCAGUCGGGUACGGCGUGAGCGACGACGGCAUGGCGUACUGGAUCGUGAAGAACUCGUGGGGCCCCGUGUGGGGAGAGGCCGGGUACAUCCGGAUGCAGCGCGGCACCGGCGACGGCGGCCUCUGCGGCAUCGCCAUGGAGGCCUCCUUCCCCAUCAAGACUUCGCCCAACCCGGUGCCCAAGCCCAGGCGCGCUCUCAUCUCCAAGGACAGCUCCUCUCAGUGAUGCAUCGGCCAUCGCUGCAUGCAUCCGAACGUAACGCACCACACAUAUCUA